AUGAUGAAUCAACUGGUCGAGCGGUUACUGGCCAACAAACUGCCAUCUCCGACUGAUGGAACCUCGAAUACGCCAAGGGAAGACAUUUUGAUUGCUGGUGGCUAUGGGGGUUUAAGUAAAACUGGCAAAAAUACAGUAAUAUAUUCCCGGGAGAAAAAUGGUUGGUUUGAGGUGUCGCAAAUGAAUGAAAAGCAUAUCACAGCUUCAUCAUUUAUCUACAAUGAUCUUCUAUUUGUCGUCGGGGGAAUCGACAGCAAGACAAUAGAAACGUUGGACCUCAAUCAUUUACCUUUGAAAUGGAUGAAAUUUAUUGGAGAACUUCCUUAUAAGUGUGAUGAUCAUCAAACCGUUGUUUACCAGCAGCGUGUAAUUCACAUUGGUGGAUAUAAUUAUGACCAAAAAAGACGGUCCAACAUGAUCAGUGAAUUGCAACUUACCUCACCUUACACUAUGAACAAGUUACGCGAAAUGCCUGAGCCACGGGUAGGUCACUGCGCUGAGAUAUUUGAGGAUAAAAUCCUGAUUUUCGGAGGAGAAGAUCAUAGGGGUGCUUUGGACGGUGUGUUGGAGCUUGACCCGAAGAAGAACGAAUGUAAAGAGAUGCCACCAUUACCGCUUCGUUUGGCAAGAAUGGCAACAGUUCGUUGGAGAGAUCAAGUGGUUGUGCUUAGAGGACGUGAUAGAGACGGUCGUGUUUUGAAUGAUGUUUUCAUGUAUGACUGCCUUACCACGAAUGCUGGAAGAGCGACACGGAUGCUGUGCAGUUAUUACUGGAAAUACAAUUGUAGUCAUGGGAGGUGAAAAUAUCAACGCCAACGAAAAAGUUCAAACUCUCAAUUCAGUGGAGUGUUUUCGAAUGGGAGGUUCUACUUGGAAGUAUCUUACUGCAAUGAACGAAGCCAGGUGGGGUGCCGUUGCUACCGUUUUACCUUCCACGAGAAAAUAUGUGUAAAGCCCCAGACAAGCGGAGAUGAGGGUUGACGAGAGUUCAGUGGCGUAACGCUCAUUGGGUAGGGUUAGUUAAAAAACUAAGGCUGCGUCCAGACUGUAUGCCCGGCACUAGUGCCCGUUACUUGUUUUGGCGCCUAGUUUGAACAUGAUGCUUCCAAAUGUCGAGCUCUAUACUAUAUACUAAUUAGGACUAAGGUGAUGCCAAUGUAACCUGAACUUGUGGUUAGAGCUUGACAACUGGCCUCUGUAGCUCAGUUGGUUAGAGCGCUGCACCGGAAUCGCAGGGCUGCAGGUUCCAUACCU